UAUCAGAUCAUUGUGACGUGCACUCCCAGAUGGAAUGGGUUUAUUGUAGUUAUUAAUUAUUAUUAUUGUGUAUCCAGAUAUUUGGUUUUGUAUCCAGAUUACUGUGGUGUGUAAUCAGAUUACAGCUGUGAGUUGAGUCGACACUGAAGCAGAUUAAGGAAGUUCAAGCUGAAACUGAGUUUUCAAACAGGAAACCACAGUCUAGCUCCUGAUUGGUUGGUCUCUCCUCAGACAUGGUCAUGUGAUUGUACGUCUCCCAUUGACUUCCUGUCAGGAAGUAGCAUUGUAGCGUGUAGAGACACGGAGAUGGAGAUGUGAAGACAGCAUCUCCACUUUGUCUCCGUCCUCAUUUUUUUUUCUUCACCAACUGAUCGGCGCCCUCUUGUGAUUGACAAUGAGACAAAGCAGCGGUGAAACUCCGGCUGUGAAAGUUCAGCACGGCCCGUAUGUCUGGCACCACUGCAGGAAGUCUGGUUUGAACUUCCGCCCAGAGUCGGGUCCUGAAGAGCCUCUGGACAGAUACGGGUGGAGGACGGAACCUUGGAAUCCGUCCCUCCGGACCAGGCCCACCUCUCUGCACAGGCUCCUCCCCUUCCUCAGGUCCUUGUCAGACUCCGGGACAAACUGCGUCACCAAGAGGACGGAGCUUAAAAAGAACGAGUCUGACGAGGAAAGACGAACUCUCUCCGUCGGCAGAUUCUUCCGAGCCGUGUCUCUGAGAAUCCAUGGAGUCNACAGGGACCGGGAGCAGAUCGAGGUGAAGGGCCCCCCCACUCACCACUUCUCCUCUGGUCAGAGUCCAUACAUCGAUGGCGUGGUCUGGGACAGGAAGUUCUGCCUCCUGACAGACAGUCAACUUCUGCUGCUCACCAAGGAUGAUGAGGUCACGGGUGAGGCUCAGGGAAGUCCCGCUGACUCGGCCAAGAGACAAAGUCUGCGCAGGACGGUCAGCGUUCCCUCAGAAGGACAUUUACCAGAUUUCCAGCCAGAGGGCGCUGCUGUGCAGGAAGCGUCUUCAGAGCGCUCUCCAAGGAGGAGGAGCAUCUCUGGUCUUGGAGCUUCAGAGAAGAACGUGGCCACUGAACACCAAACAUCUUCACCCUUUAAAGUUCCGGGUUUUUUCAGCAAACGUCUCAAAGGUUCCAUCAAGAGAACCAGGAGUCAAACCAAACUGGACAGAAACACCAGUUUCAAGCUGUCAUCGCUGAGGCCGCCAGAGCCCGACAGGUCUCGUGCUCUGCCACAGCUGAGGGAGUCCGUUUCCCAGGAGUCUUUGUUGAGUCCCUGCAGCGCUGUGGAGGCUCUGGACCUGAGUCUGGAGGAGGAGGUGUCCGUCAAACCACUGCACUGCAGCAUUCUGGGUCAGGAGUUCUGUUUCGAGGUCACCUUCUCUGGGGGCAGUAAAUGCUUCAGUUGUUCUUCAGCUUCAGAACGAGACAAGUGGAUGGAGAACCUGAGGAGAACGAUCCAGCCCAACAAGGACAACUGUCGUCGGGCUGAGAACCUCCUGCGUCUCUGGAUCAUCGAGGCCAAAGAUCUUCCUCCGAAGAAGAAAUAUUUCUGUGAGUUGUGUUUGGACGACGUCCUCUACGCCCGCACCACCAGUAAGACCCGUCUGGACAGCCUGUUCUGGGGCGAGUACUUCGACUUCUCCGGCCUGCCGCCCGUGCACAGCGUCACGGUGCACGUGUACCGCGAGGUGGACAAGAAAAAGAAGAAGGAGAAGAACGCCUACGUGGGUCUGGUCAACAUCCCGCUGUCGAGCGUGACGGGGCGACACUUUGUGGAGAAGUGGUAUCCAAUCAGCACACCCACCGCCAGCAAGACCAAAGGAGGGGGGCCGUCCAUCCGGAUCAAGUCCCGCUUCCAGACCAUCUCCAUCCUCCCUAUGGAACAGUACAAGGAGUUCGCCGAGUUCGUCACCAACAACUACACCAUGCUGUGCUCGGUACUAGAACCGGUCAUCAGUGUGAAGAACAAGGAGGAGAUGGCCUGUGCCCUGGUCCACAUCCUGCAGAGCACCGGCAGGGCCAAGGACUUCCUGACGGACCUGGUGAUGUCAGAGGUGGAUCGUUGUGCGGACCACGACGUCCUGAUCUUCAGGGAGAACACGUUGGCCACCAAGUCCAUCGAGGAGUUCCUGAAGUUGGUGGGACAGAAGUAUCUGCACGAUGCUCUGGGUGAGUUCCUCAGGGCUCUGUACGAGUCUGACGAGAACUGUGAGGUGGAUCCAAGUCGAUGUUCCGUCUCUGACCUGUCGGAACAUCAGAGCAACCUGAAGAUGUGCUGUGAACUGGCCUUCUGCAAGAUCAUCAACUCCUACUGUGUGUUUCCUCGGGAGCUGAAGGAGGUCUUCGCCUCCUGGACGCAGCGGUGUUCUUCUCGUGGACACCAGCAGGACAUCAGUAAACGUCUGAUCAGUUCCUCCUUGUUCCUGCGGUUCCUCUGUCCUGCCAUCAUGUCUCCUUCGCUCUUCAGUCUGACGCAGGAAUAUCCUGACGAUCGCACGGCUAGGACGCUGACCCUCAUCGCCAAGGUCAUCCAGAACCUGGCCAACUUCACCAAGUUUGGGAACAAAGAAGAGUACAUGGCCUUCAUGAACGACUUCCUGGAACACGAGUGGGGCGGCAUGAUGCGUUUCCUGUCCGAGAUCUCAAACCCGGAGACGCUGUCCAACACGCCGGGCUUCGAGGGUUACAUCGACCUGGGCCGCGAGCUGUCGGUGCUGCACGCUCUGCUGUGGGAGGUGGUGUCGCAGCUGGACAAGGGGGAGAACUCCUUCCUCCAGGCCACUGUAGCUAAGCUCGGCCCUUUGCCGAGGAUUCUGGGAGAUAUUUCCCGGUGCCUGGAAGCCACGACGCCAGUUCAGCCGCAGCUGCGACGUUUCCAGGAGCAUGGCUCCGCCCACAGUCUGUCGUCAGGGUUCCCGGCUGCUGACAGCCAAAGUGAGGUUCAGUGUCCCGGGCCGGGCCGCGCCCCGCGCCCCCUGCUGGUUCAGCCGCAGAACUUGACCUCUCAAGACGAGAGAAACGACCUCCUGCAAAACGGACGCAGCGUCUCAUUGGUCGACCUUCAGACCGACGCCCGCACCCUGCAGGACACGCCCCCCGGUCUCAGCAGGACGGGAUCACAGGCCUCCAUUGGACACAGACCCCCUCCACUAAACCACGCCCACUCCAACCCCAUCAGCCCACCCUCCCCGGCUCAUCAGAAUCAAGCUCCGCCCAAAGAGGCGGGGCCUCAGAGUGCCCCUCAGAUGAGGCGUCCACUGCACGUGUCCAUCAGUCAGCAGCGAAGUUUGCAGCCGUUGUCCUUCCAGAACCCGGUCUAUCACCUGACUAACCCCGCCCACAGCCAGGCCACAGGCCACGCCCACUCCCUGCAGGACUCCAGCUCAGAAAACCUGAGCACAGAAAGUUCCAGCAACAGUCACAGUAACUCCGACGACUGUGGAAGUCAGGCGGGCGUCAGGGUCCGGGCGCCGUCCCGCUGCAGCCUGGACCAGGUGGACGCUACACCUAGUUUACACAGCGACGCCGGUUCGACGCCGCGGCGUCCGACAGCUCCCGACCUCUCACCUGGAACGGCCACCGCGGUGGCCGUUCCCCGUCACGGCACGGCCGCUGGCACCGCCCACAUCAUCAAGGUGGAGCAGCAGAGUCGGACGGGGGGCGGAGCCCGGACGCCGCGCUCCCUCCCCCACAGUGCCUCAGUAUGUAGCAGCGGCAGCGCUAACGCUAACGCUCACACACCUGUCAAUCAACUGUCCAGCUGUUCUGCGGAGAACGUGGCUCUGCCCCAGAGGAGCGCCACCAAACUGCCCCCCCCGGUCGCCCCCCCCGUGUCCGACCCCGUGGCCACGGCCCUGUCUCCUGUGGAGAGGACAGCGGCCUGGGUCCUCAACAAUGGAAAGUACGAGCAGGAGGAGGAGCGCGAGGAGGAGGGCAGGAAGGCCGAGAAGUAUGAGCUGGAGAUCCUGCGGCUGAAGGAGCGUCUGCGGCUGUCGGGUCGACGCCUGGAGGAGUAUGAGCGCCGCCUGCUGGCGCAGGAGCAGCAGAUGCAGCGGCUGCUGCAGGAGUACAGGAGUCGACUUGAGGAGAGCGAGGAGCGACUGAGGAGGCAGCAGGAGGAGAAGGACGGACAGAUGAAGAGCAUCAUCUGCAGGCUGAUGGCGGUGGAGGAGGAGCUGAAGCGUGACCACGCAGAGAUGCAGGCUGUGAUUGAAGCCAAACAGAAAAUCAUCGAAGCUCAGGAGAAGAGAAUCGGUUCCUUGGACGCCGCAAACACGCGGCUGAUGUCGGCGCUGACGCAGGUGAAGGAGCGAUAUGCUCCGCCCACUCUACGGAACGGAGCCACGAAGCUGUCGAUCACUGAAAAUGGAGAGUUCAGAAACAGCAGCUGCUGAUUGGUCGGCUGUGAUGGCCCCGCCCACCAAGUCACAGAGGAGUGGAGGUUAUAGCGUGCACGUGAGUGUGCACGUGUCAGCCAGGGUCAAAUGAACAAAGUUAUUUUUUAAGAGACUUCUUAUGGAUUCUAGGUUUUUAGUUUAACUUUGUUUGUUUGUUUAUGUUGAUUUUUUAUUUAUUUGUUGUUGUCUCUGCUGCUGAAGAGUCCUGAGGCAUCAGGGUCAAAGUUCAAACCAGUCUGCUGUUCACAAUAAAUCCUGAAAACUAG